AACUUAUGUGAAUUAACGUGGUUGUCAUUUUGUCCUGUAGUAUUUUUCAGUGAAUCUUGUUAUCUCGGCUAGCUAACUAGCUGUUGAGUAGCCUUUGUAGCUUAGCCAGAAUCAGCGUCAGCGUUUGUUUACGUCCGCUUUUGCCGCAGCUAAACAAAAAUCCGAACCGCUACUAAUUACAUAUUCUUCUUAAAUGUCGACCACAUACAAUUUUAAUUAUUAUUUGCCAGUCCAACAAAUACAAAGUUGCUGCUUGAAACACAAGCGUAUUUUGUGUUAAAUGCUGGUUUCCUCUGUUGCGGUGUCAGUAUUUUGUGUGUGUGUGUGUGCGUGUGUGUGAAAAAUGGAACAGUGUGCAUGUGUGGAAAGGGAGCUGGAGAAAGUACUUCAUCGCUUUGUAAUGUAUGGGCACCAAUCUGAGGAGAGACUCGACGAGCUCCUGCGCAGUGUCUGUGAAAUACGAGGACAACUAGUGGCCUUUGGUGUACAAGAUGCAGACUUAUCUGUCCUGUCACAGACCAUGGCUCAGUGUUGUAAGAAUAUCAAAGAAACAGUGCAAAUGCUAGCUUCACGACAUAAGGACAUCCACGGCAGUGUGUCCAAAGUGGGCAAAGCCAUUGACAGAAAUUUUGAUGCAGAGAUCAGUGCUGUGGUGGCAGAGACGGUGUGGGACACACCAGAGAGACAGAAAUACCUGAGUGAGACUAUCGUGGAGCAUUUGUACAGACAAGGGAUGCUCAGUGUUGCAGAGGAUCUGUGUCAGGAGUCUGGUGUAGUUAUAGAUAUGAGUAUGAAGCAGCCUUUCCUGGAGCUGAACAGGAUCCUUGAAGCUCUGAGGAUGCAGGAUCUUAGGCCGGCACUAGAGUGGGCUGUAACGAAUCGACAGCGCCUCCUGGACUUAAACAGCACUUUAGAGUUCAAGCUGCACCGUCUUUACUUCAUCAGUCUGCUCAGUGGAGGAAUCAACAACCAAAUGGAGGCGCUGCAGUAUGCCAGGCACUUUCAGCCCUUUGCCUCUCAGCAUCAGAGAGAUAUCCAGAUCUUGAUGGGCAGUCUGGUGUAUCUGCGUCAUGGCAUUGAAAACUCGCCUUACCGCGGCCUGCUGGAGACCAAUCAGUGGGCAGAGAUUUGUAACAUCUUCACCAGAGAUGCCUGCGCUUUACUGGGCCUCUCUGUAGAGUCGCCACUGAGUGUGAGCUUUGCAUCAGGCUGCAUGGCUCUGCCAGUACUAAUGAACAUUAAGCAGGUGAUAGAACAGAGACAGUGCAGUGGAGUCUGGACACACAAAGAUGAGCUACCUAUUGAAAUUGACCUUGGGAAGAAGUGCUGGUACCAUUCUGUGUUCGCCUGUCCCAUACUCCGGCAGCAGACGUCAGAGAGCAACCCACCCAUGAAGCUCAUCUGUGGCCACGUCAUCUCCAGAGACGCCCUCAACAAACUGACAAACGCUGGAAAGUUGAAAUGUCCGUACUGUCCCAUGGAGCAGAAUCCGUCACACGCCAAGCAGAUCUACUUUUGAUACUGCACACAUUUACUCACCAGUGAGAAUGAAGAUCCCUGGAGCUCCUCACAUUUCCAGGACCAUUUGCUCUGGCAGUUUUCCCCCUGUCCCCGGCGCCUGGGCCUGUUAUUUGUAAGCAAGUUAAGUUUAUUUCCCAGUGCUCCAGUGGACAGCCUCGGCCACCCUGUCACCCACCCCGGACCCUUUAACUUUACAUAGUCCAGAGCCCAGCGGUGAUGAUCCACCUACAGCCUGUCAUCGUGCGUGUUGUCAGCGUGGAGAUCAUGGACGUCACAAGGAUUCACCCGUGGAAAUGGAUCAUUCAUAAAUUGCAAAUGCGGAGUUAGAGGUUAUCCUUUUUUUUUUUUUUUUUAAAUCUGUCAUACUUUAAUAGUGUUUGUUUGACAGCUUGAGUUGGAAGGACAGCUUUUUUCCCCCCCUGACGGAAGUGGUGAAAUAAUUGUUAAAGGGUGUGUGUGUGUGGGUAAAUGAGUGGUGAGCAGUUUUUGACUUCAGGAUUGUAAUGAACUUCUGUUAUACCGGACAAACGGACAGCAUAACAAAGUGUAGUUGGUUUAAUCUGCUGCGAGGGGAGCCUGGAGGUCUGUCUUUGAUUGUUGAACUAUUACUCCUCCAUAAUAAAGGCCUCACAUAGCUUAAAAGUCACCGUUGGCUGAUGUAUCCAUUUGUAGAAAAUCUGUAAGAAAAUUGAACUAACUCAUCGAUGGCAGAACAGCUUUUUUUCCCCCUUUUGUGACUGACCGCACCAGCAAGAUAUUGUUUUUCUCAUUAUAGGAGCCAUCUCUUGUUCUCUGUAUGUAAUUAACAAUGACAAAAAAAGGAAACAAAAAUAUAUAUAACUACUGUGACAUGUGUUUUUUUAAUUGCAACUGCCAGGAUAGCUCAUGUAAAAUAGUACAUUUAACUGAAAGUCUACAUGCAUAAUCAACACUGCUGUGUAACUUUCAGAAGUAUUGACACGUCAGUUAACGUCACGGCCGUGCCGUCGCCUCACUCUGCUCUGCAUCGUGUUCCCCCAGCUUGCACGCCAUGUGACAUGGAGAUGUAAAGUGGUGUGACGGUAGCCGUUAUGGUCUGACUUGCAGUGACUGUGGGCUUGUGAUUCCGCUUUACUCGCCGUGGGUGGAUGGAAUCCUUCUGGUCUUUGUGGCUGUUGUUUAAUAUAUACUUAGAAAAAAAAUACCUUCCCUGCUUACAUAGGUUUGUCUUUCAUCCAGAGGUUGACUCAUAUGAGAAACAAUAAUACUUACAUCUCCUCAGGGCUCGUCGUAACAGGUCAUACACACACCUCACAGUUGGCUUUAAGCUUCUCAUACGGAUUACAUACAUUUUACAUAUUAAUAUAUAUACAUAUUUACGCAGAAAUAUUGUGAUAUUGAUGCUCAUAGUUUGAGUAGUACUGGAGUUUGUAUUUAUGAACUAACUGAUCAAAGGUGGCCACUGGCGGUGGCGCUAUGGUUUUCGGGACAUUAGUAACAGGCGAUAAUAACGGUGAUGUCAUCUCACACAGUGAGGCAAAAUCAUUCAUCAAGCACUGCACCAGCAUCACUCACGUGUGAUCAUGAUGGUUAAUUUGUUUUAAUGUCUUGCUUUUAUUGAGUUAUAGUAUAUGUUUUGUGGGGAAUUAUUUUCUCUACUUUUUUUUUUAAACUUCUUUUUUUUUUUUUUGACAAUCACUCGUUGCUUCUUCUUGCGUUCAUUUGGGUAGACUGCCAGCGCUUUGGAUUUUGGUUGUGUCCUUUGUUGGAUGUUUGCGAUCCUGGCUUUUGUGUGUGUCUGCAGCCUUUAUUGUAAAUAUUUAUCCUCUAACCUGUUUCAUAUCCCUGCAUCUGAGACUCGAAAUAAAAAUUUAUACUCAAGGUCAGUUUUGAGGCUUCAGCGGGUAUAAGGUGAGGAUGUCCAAAAUGUGUUCAACUUUGGCAGGAUUUGAAAAGGUUAAAAUACCUUAAGGUAAACUGCUCCUCCUCUGGCACUAUAUUGGUAGCCUUAUAGCAUAGUUGCCUAAGUAAUAAUUUGCCCAAAUCUACUCUUUUAACACUGCUGAUUCACUUUAUCUUUUUAAAAGACUUGUUGACACAUCUGCUUGAUCCUGCUGUUACAGUUUAAAUAAAAAGUUGUGUUUGCCAAAA